AUGGUCAAAAAAAUUCCUUCCGCUCGUCAACGUACUCGUGCGCAAACUGCGGCUUUCCUCCUUGGCGCUCGUCCAGACCUGCCCAAUGUUGAGGCCAAUGAGAUCACCCGCAUGCGCGCGGUUCAGCAUUUUUAUGAGCGAAUGAUUGAACAGCCGGAGUCAUUAGAAGAAUUGACCGCACAACAGCCUUGUCAGGCUCAGCCGGACAAAAUUGAGUUUAGAGUUCCCUUACACACCCUGGAUAGAGACCAGUCGACGACUUAUGUGAACCGCUCGCACUCUGAGUUAGAUUGCCGUAUGGACAUACUCGACUCAAUCAUGGCUACGAUGGAUGUCCCAAAAACAUAUCAGCACUUAGGCUGGCGUUUGUCUACCGCCCGCCGCUUAGACCCACCUCAUCGGCUCUUAACAUCGCAGGACAUCAAUAGCGCUUUCAAAGCUGUGAGGGUGGAACAAGGAUCUAGCAGGAAAACUAGACAAAUUUUUAUCGAAAUUCUCAAUACUGCUCGGAAAGAGAAGCAAACACAACGACAGGGAGGUACAUCUUCUGCGGGUGAGUAUAUAAAGGAGUUAGAAAUAGUCACAGGUAAGUUGUGCUGCUUCGACCAUCGGCUCGGAGAGGACAUAUUCUGCUGGGUUGAUGCAACCCAUCCCGACACUCCACAUUAUCUGUUGUGCACCCGGGACCUACAAGAAUGGGCUAAAUAUUUGUAUGAAACUGGAAAUUCAGACUUUGUCACACUACCCAGGACACCCCAUUUUGAUGAAGUUCGAAAAACACGUAAGGAGCGAACUGCAUUGCUGCUCCAAAGAGUGCCCACCAAAAUUAUAUCCCCCGUCAUCCAUAAUCAUAUCCACCUUUCGCCCACCACCAAGGACAUGAUCUCCGAUCCGGGAACGCUUGCGAGAGAACAAGAAGGCCAUACGGCUCCCCAACCGCUCAAGAGGACCUUUGCGCUUUACAUAGACAGCGAUGAAGAUUCCGAUGACGAACCGCCACAACAUAUUGAAGACGUCCUUAGGACCAUCCAUUCUCACUACCCCGCCAUAAACUUUCCCCAAUAUCACAAGAAACUAAAGGACCACGGCAUAUUUUAUCUGCCUACAGCAGCUCAUUUCACUGCUAGAUUCUACAAAGAGAAAGUCGGAGUGUCUGAGGGCUCUGCAUAUACGUUCCAGAGCUGUGUUUCUAAAUCUCACAUGAAGGCAGGACUUGCGAAGGAGAGAAGGAAGGCUAAAGGAAAGAAGAAAGCACGAGUCCAUGAUGGCGAGGAGGAUGAAGAAAAUGUUACCCCUACUAGUAGUAGUCACGGUAGUCACCACAGUAGCUUUUGA